AUGGCCACCGGCGACGCGGCCACGCUGCUCCAGGAAGGCAAGGAUGCCCUCAACCAAGGGCACGCGACGUACGUCCCAACGCUGCAAUCGGUCGGCCGGUUUGGGCGCUUUGCGCAGGCGCAGUUGACCUCGUUUUGCCGUGCGCUCUCGACGCGCCACGUGCAUCGCUGCCGCCUAGCGCUUCGGAACGUUAGCGAGGCUGGCCACCGAUGCAUGCUCGACUUGCACCGUGCUCUCAUGGACACGUCCAGGUGCUUGAUGCGGGCGGCGAUGAGCCUCCUCACCGCGGACCGACGCUUCUGUACGCGUUCCACGUCCUACCGGCCCGCGUUCACUGCGAUCGACGCGCGGGGGUGCGCCGACUGGUUGCGGGAGGCCGAAGCGCUGGCGUCGGCCGUGCAUCCGCUCAGCGUGUACCCGAUGACGGACUAGU